CGCCCAGGUAAGAACAAGCCAGGAUCGCCCAGCGACAGGUCUUGCCCCCAGCCGAGCAGGCCAUAUUGAAUCUACAGCACAGAUAAGCCAGGAUGCCGGAAAAUCCAAUUGCAGAUAAGCAGCAGAUCCUAAGGAUUCUGGAGCGUCUACUAAUGAAACUUCAUGAGAAAGGAGACACUUCACACAGUGAUAAUCUGGCUUUUCUAUACAAUACUCUCAAGAACCCUUUAUUCAACCAUGUGCUGACUCUUCAGCAGUCAAUAAAGCAGCUGAAAGAACAACUUAGGUAUAUGCCUCCAGAUCGUUCAGUGGAUUUUGAUUUUACUAGGCGAGGGUUGCUGGUAUUUGAUGCUGACCCACAUCCUGUUGUUAAUGGGAACAUCCAGAAUGAUAAGCAAAUGGCUCCGCUAAUUUCCAGAUUUGAAGUGGAUGAAUUUAAUUUGAUAAUCCAAAAGAUGGCAAAGGGCAGGCAAAUUGAGUAUAUAGAUAUAGAGAAACCAUGUAAUAGGGGCCUUGGAUUUAGUGUGAUUGCUCUUAAAAAUCAAAGCUUUGGAGAAGUUGGUAUCUUUGUGAAAGAAGUACAGCCAGGAAGCAUAGCAGCCAGGGAUCAAAGGUUAAAGGAAAAUGAUCAGAUAUUGGCUGUAAAUCAUACACCAUUGGACCUGAACAUUUCUCAUCAACAGGCAAUCCUAUUACUCCAACAGUCCACAGGCUCUUUACAUUUGGUUGUGGCCAGGGCCCCCACCCAGAGCAGCAGUAGGAACUCCUCUGCUGUGAGUGAUGCUAUUGUACCAGAAAUGGUCAAUUGGGGCCACACUGAAGAAGUUGAACUGAUUAAUGAUGGCUCAGGAUUAGGUUUUGGAAUUGUAGGAAGAAAAACAAGUGGUGUGGUGGUACGGACUAUUGUUCCUGGUGGACUAGCAGACAGGGAUGGCAGACUUAGAACUGAUGAUCACAUCUUGGAAAUUGGGGGCAUUAAUGUACAAGGGAUGAAUAGCGAGCAGGUUGCUCAAGUCUUGAGAAACUGCGGAAACCAUGUUAAGAUGGUAGUUGCACGAUCCCCUUUGUCUGAAAUAUCUAUAACCCCACCAACUCCUGUGGCUGAUCCUGUGGGUGAAUUAACUACUAUUCAGGACAGAGAAUCUGACAGAGAAAAUGAAAUUCAUGAAGUUAAGUUGAUUAAAAAAGAUGGACAGAGCCUGGGUAUAACAAUUGUUGGAUAUUCUGGAGUGUCAUAUUCAGGGGAAGCUUCAGGGAUUUUCAUAAAAAACGUAAUCCCUGACAGUGCUGCGGAUCACAAUGGUCAGAUAAAAGUCAACGACAAAAUUGUUGCAGUUAACAGAAUUAAUAUUCAGAAUUAUACCAACCAAGAAGUUGUGGAAGCUUUACGCAAGACAGGACCAGUUGUUCAUCUGACAUUGCUUCGAAAGAAACCACAUUAUGUGGAAAGAGCGCUGGAUAGAGGGCAUUCACGCAUGCUCAACUUGACUGCUGUGGACACCGAUAGUGAAAAUGAGGAACCUCAAGAGCAAAAAGAUAACACUGAAGAUGAAAGCAAGCAAAAGCAUCACGCAAUUGGGAACACCUUGGACUUAUCAGAAAAUAAGCCAACAUCCAAAUGGGAAAAACUGCUGGGACCUGAUUAUAAAGUUAUGAUUGUCACAAUAGAUACACCAAUUGCAGAUGAUGCUGAACUACAGAAAUAUUCAAAGCUGCUGCCUAUUCACACAUUAAGGCUCGGAGUUGAACUGGAUACUUUUGAAGGACAUCAUUACAUCUCUUCCAUUGCUACAGAUGGCCCAAUUGCUAAUCUUGGCUUACUGCAACUAGAGGACGAACUUUUAGAGGUAAAUGGUGUCCAGCUCUAUGGGAAAUCCCGCCGUGAAGCUGUUUCUUUUCUGAAAGAGGUUCCUCCUCCAUUUACUCUGAUUUGUUGUCGCCGUUUGUUUGAUGAUGAUACGGAUUCUUUUGUGGAUGAGCCUACAGCCACAAUUGCUCAUUCUCUAGAGCCAAAGGUGAAUCUUGAAAAUCCAGAGGAACAACAGGAAGAUGAAGAGCAGGAAGAUGAAGAUGUGGAACUAGCACUAUGGUCUUCUGAAGUCCAAGACAUUGUCCUUGUUAAAGAUGCAAAAAUAGGUUUAGGAUUCAGCAUUUUAGACUACCAGGUAUGCUUACAUCCUUAA